AAUGAACGAAGAAUCAAACAGAGAAGCAGAAAUAAAAGAGGCCACGGAGAGUUUAUCUGAGGAAAAGCUGGCAGAAUAUAAAGAUAUUUUCUCAUUCUUUGACAGGGAUGGCGGAGGUACAAUUACAACAGUGGAGCUGGGGCAGGUGAUGAGAACUUUCGGCUGGAGCCCAACAGAAGGAGAACUACAGGAACUGAUUAAUGAGAUAGAUCAGGAUGGGAAUGGAUGUAUCAGCUUUAAUGAGUUUGUGUGGCUGAUGACUAGGGAGAUUCAUGAUGCUGAACUCGAGGAAGAAAUUAGAGAAGCAUUCAGGGUAUUUGACAAGGAUGGACACGGUUUUAUUCCAAGCAUGGAUUUGGCGGAUGUUCUCCAGAAGUUAGGAGAAAAGCUUUCCACAGAGGAAACAGAUGAACUGAUAAAUGAGGCAGAUAAUGAUGGAGACGGGAAUAUAAAUUACGAAGAAUUUGUUUCUCUUCUAUUCAAGAGACCGCAAAUGGAGAGCGCUAAAGUGGAAAAGAGAAAAAGAUCCAGUAUGAUCAGUUCUAUGGUUUAGCUGAUAAUUAAUAACAUGGUUUAGCUAUUAUUAGUUCCAUGAUUUAGCUAUUAGUAGUUCCAUGACUUAGCUGUUAUUAGUUCCAUGACUUAGCUGUUAUUAAUAUCAUGAUUUAGCUAUUAAUAGUUCCAUGAUUUAGCUGAGAAUUAGUUACAUGGUUUAGCUGAUAAUUAGUUCCAUGGUUUAGCUGAAAAUUAGUUCCAUGACUUAGCCUGGUAUUUAUUUUCAUGGUUAGCUGAUAAGUAUUUGCAUGGUUUAGCUAAUAAUUAGUUCCAUGGUUUAACUGAUAAUUAGUUCCAUGGUUUAGUCUGAUGAUUUUUUCCGUGGUUUAGCUGAUAAUUAGUGACAUGGUUUAGCUGAUAAUUAGUUCCAUGGUUUAGCUGAUAAUUAGUUCCAUGGUUUAGCUGAUAAUUAUUUCCAUGGUUUAGCUGACAAUUAGUUCCAUGGUUUAACUGAUAAUUGUUUCAUGGUUUAGCUGAUAAUUAGUUCCAUGGUUUAGCUGAUAAUUAGUUACAUGGUUUAGCUGAUAUAGUAUUUCCAUGGUUUAGCUGAUAAUUAGUUCCAUGGUUUAGCUGAUAAGUAUUUCCAUGGUUUUGCUGAUAAUUAGUACCAUGGUUUAGCUGAUUAUUAGAUCCAUAGUUUAGCUGAGAAUUAGUUCCAUGGUUCAUCUGUUUAUUAGUUCCAUGGUUCAUCUGUUUAUUAGUUCCAUGGUUCAUCUGUUUAUCAGUUACAUGGUUUUGCUGAUAAUUAGUUCCAUGGUUCAUCUGUUUAUUAGUUACAUGGUUUAGCUGAUAAUUAGUUCCAUGGUUCAUCUGUUUAUUAGUUCCAUGGUUUUGCUGAUAAUUAGUUCCAUGGUUCAUCUGUUUAUUAGUUACAUGGUUUAGCUGAUAAUUAGUUCCAUGGUUCAUCUGUUUAUCAGUUACAUGGUUUAGCUGUUUAUUAGUUGCAUGGUUUAGCUGAGAAUUAGUUCCAUGGUUUAUCUGUUUAUUAGUUACAUGGUUUUCUGAUAAUUAGUUCCAUGGUUCAUCUGUUUAUUAGUUGCAUGGUUUAGCUGAUAAUUAGUUCCAUGGUUUAGCUGAGAAUUAUUACUAGAGUGAUAUACUCAUAUCAUAAAAAAAUACUUCCAAAGUUUAUUUUGAAAACAGAAGCUUUUAAAAGAAAUCUUUAUUUAUUUUUG